UGCUUGCUGUUCUCUUUUCUGUUUUCCUUUUCCUUUUUGCUUCCUCGCCAUUUUUCCCAGCACCGCUGAAGAUCACCACCUCCAGCGACGCAGCCAGCCCGCCUCACCACCGCUCGCUCCCCGACAGAGGGUGCGCGGGCAACUCCACCCUACAUUCAACCCACAAGCACCAAACACCAAGCACUCGAAAGCAAGUGCCGCGGCCGCAGCAGUCGACGAGCAGCCUGCCAGCAGAACCGCAUCGUCUUGCAGUAGUGAUCACGGACGCGCUUCCCUCAUUUCCGCCACCGAAGAACGGAGCAGAACCGUCGACAACCCGGUACCAGACAAGCACAGCACCAACGACAGGAUGGCUCAGCGCUGGGAUCAGUUGCAGGCCGCUAUCCGGGAGGCGAACCCGCAACCGCUGACAAGCCAAGAGGUGCCGCCCGCUUCAGCGUUUGUGACUUUGCUGAAACGCUUCACACCGCUCAUCGCCCUUGAGGACCUCCUCGGCCAAAUCCCGGAGCAUCUCAAAGACCAGGUGCUUCAGGAGCUGGUCCCCGAUGACGUCGUCAUCACGGUGUUUGGUGAGCGCCCGCCUUCUUCCCUCGAGAACCCGCGAGAGGAGUGUCUGCGCAUACUAACCCGUGCUGAACUCAUCGUACGCUCAGUGAUGUCCAAGCAGUCUGUGAGUACUGCAGCUGCAAAAGCAGUGCUCAACUCGAGCCCACAGCGCCCGACGCCCCCGUCACUGUUUGACCACUUCAACGCCGAGGUGUUCAAACGCAUGGACGUCAGCAGGCUGUUCUGUGAGGCUCGCGGCUGCCAAGAGACGGCAGCGACCGACGAGCUGCAGAACAAGGUCUUCGCGUACCGGUCCAUUAUCGACGAGCGCACGCCGCCUCUGCAAGCUCAGCGCGCUGCUUGGUACCUGCUGGAAACCGCGCAAGACCGGGAGGAAUUGAAGCAGCGACUCGGCUGCCUGAGCAAGGCCAUGUUCCAGACCCUCUUCCCUGGCAAUUCUGCAGCAGAAGCGGCGCUGAAGGACCUGCAGAAGAAACGCGUGAACACGUUUGACAGCAAAGUGUGUCAGCUGCGCAACCCGUCAAAGCGCAAGCCGCAACCACGCUCGCGGCCAUGUGCGCAUGACCUGAUGCAGCAACAAUUGUCGCAGGACCAGCCCGAGUGUGGCACAGCUUCCGCCAGCACUGCCGCCCAACAAUCGACCGACACGUCGUCCAGUGCAUGCAUGCGUGACGAGCCCUUUACGCCAGGGGUGGCCGGCAAGUUGAUGCUCCAGCAAGAAUCGUGGACACCGCCACCACCACCGUCACCACCGCCACCACCGCCACCACAACCACAACAGCAGCCGUCAUCCCUAUGCCAUGGUGGCUCGACACCAGCAACUGCCACCCUUGCUCCAGAUGGGGGCGCGUUUACGUUCACCGACAGCGGGGAGCAACCCAUGUCACGCACGCCUCGUCAUGAAGGUGCUUUGGAGCGUGUGCGCACCCGACCUGUCACACUGACUGGCGAAGACAGUCGUGACCUCUCGCUGGAAUCACGUGUGGAAUUCAUGGCAGGAGGUGCCCAGGACGCCUCUGCUUCGAUGCUGGGUACCACUUACGCAUUCGAUGCCAGCAGACAUCCGGCAGGGUUACCCGCAACAGCAGACUCUACGCUCGUUGGUGGUUUUGACACACUGGCACAGGCACAGGCACAGGAUGGCGGUGCAGUUGACCAAGCAUGGUGGCCUGAAGCCAUAAGUCCUUGGACCCUUGAGCCUGAGGAUGAGCUGCUGCCGUCCGAGUUGCUCGACUUGCAGCCAGAUCAGCACCCCAUCAAUGUCGACAGCACCAGCAGCACGAGCGACCCCAGCCCCACAGCAGACCAGCUCCCCCCUCUCGCAAACAAGCGAGCGAAGCGCAUGCUUUUCGAAGAUGACGACCCCAGCCAAUGAUUGUCGUCACUUCAUCCUCAUGCAUCCAAACACCGUGUCCGCACCAGGA